AUCUAAAUACUUCUUCCACCACUCGUUAUUCAUUAUAGAUGUCUGACAAUCUGGGAGCAAAUGAAUUAUUGAAGCUCUUAUGAAGAGUUAUUGAACUCAUUAACACAGAUAAUUGUCUUUUUAUGUUUGAUAUGAGGAACAAGGAUUAGCCCUUGAAACGGACCUCGAGUCAUUAUCUUCUUACCGACAUGCUCCCACAUGCAUCUUUACCCCUUUUUCUUCUUUUUUUUUAAGGUUUUCUUUAAUGUGGUGAUGAUAUGUCAUCCACAAAUUCAUACAGCAUCAAAAAUGUACAGUUGGCUGCAUUAAUUUAAUAAUGUGGGCUAUUUUUUGACAGUUGUUUUUCACUUGUUAGGAAACAGACUUCAUCAGUUAAUGUUGUAGCUCUUUCGAACUAUUAUCAAUAUAUAAAUAGUAACAUGUAACUGUUAGCUUAUGUUAUAGGCUAAGUGAUUACAAAGCAGACACCAACAAGUGUGUCAUAGCUAACGUUAGCUUACUGAGUAACUGAGUUACAGAUGAAAGUGGCUUUUAGUUACCUUUAUGUAGAGGUGGUUAGCUUACUAUUUUGUUUAAGUUGAGACACUAACUCCAAUAUGAGUUUGGACACGCUCUUUCAACAAAUCCUUUUAACUGAACAACAGUUAACUGAGCAAACACAAAAAUUCAAAGAAGUUAAAGUAGCCAUCAUCAGAUGCAAUGAGAAGAUCAAGGCCGCCACAGACAAGUAUGAGAAGACCAGCGAGGAACUGGAUGUGAAGGCUCAGCAGUUGUCCGCAAUGAAGCUACAGCGUGAUCUGAUGAAGAGAUGUGAAGACCAGAUGUCGAAGCAAAUUGAGGAGCUGCUCUGUCAGAAGAGCCAACUCGAGGAACAGCUAGCCAAGAUAAAGAAGGAGUCUAAAGAAGAACAGGAAAACUUCCUUCAGGAGAUCUCACGGUUCAACAGUGACUUCAGUCUCCGAGGAAACAGAGAGACAGUGUACGAGAGCCCAACACACACUGAGAUCCUGAACCUGGAGAGGGAGGUGGAGUCAUUAUACAAAGAGAUGGAGCUCAUGAGACAGAAGAACAGUCACAUGAGCUCCAUGCAGGAGGAGAAGAGAGCACUGCAGCUCCAAUUACAAGACCUACAAAACACCUGGAAAGACUUGGACGGGCAGCUGAGUGAAGCCGAAGCAAUGACAGAAUCUCUGAGAGCAGAGAGCCUGUUUGUCAGUCAGAAACCUCUCAAUGACAGCACCUGUCUACGGCUGAAGGAGGAGCUGGAGAUGCAUAAAGAAGGAAAGCAGGAGCUUCUGCGAGAGGCACUCAGCUCAGAAUUACAGCUCUUGCAGUCAAAGCUGGACGGCAGCCAGGGUAGUGAGCAGCAUUCGGGUUCUGCACAAUGAUGACACAGGAAGGUGACAUUGGUUCACUGUCAGUCUCUUUUGUUCAAAAAUAAACAUGUUGAUGAAUAGACAGGAGGGAACAUACGUACAGACAGACACUCUAAACUACAUGUGUUGUACAAUGAUAUUCAUCCACAAAUGUUAUUCAUCUCUGGAUCUUUGUUCAGAUUGUUUGGUCUUUAUUAUUUACUUUUAACAUUUUCAUGAAAAGAGCAGAUUCCUUUCUGUGUGUGACCUUGCCUUUAGUAAAAUGCUCAGUUUAGUUAACUUGUUAUUGGAGGGAAGCUGAAAGUUAUUUAUUUCUAAACUAAACUUCUUUUUUUUUAAACUUUGUUCGUUUUUUCUCAAGACUAAAAACAUUGUAGUUAUAGGUCCUCCUAUAAUAUGUAAUAUAUGUUUUAAUGUGAAAUAUAUCUAUUUUUUAACAUUUAAUUCACCUGCACAUAACAACUAA